UGUACAUAAACACAAUUCACUAUCAUCAUCAUCAUCAUCAUCAACGGCAAUAAUAAGUACUUUUUUGGGAUUGCCUUUUUGAAAAAUUUUCAUCAUUGAAUGAAUCGAAUGUUUUCCAACAAACAAGCAAAGAAAAAAAUCGAUCAAUUGAUCAUAUUCAAUACAUUGGCGUUAUUUUUGGAUUAUUUAAAUCAGAUUGAUUUUUUCAUCGAUUCUCAUUAUGUUUAAACCAUUGACUUAAAGAUUUUAUUUGAUUUAUUGUUGGUUUGAUUGUUUUUUUUGGUUUUCCUAGUUAUAACCACCAUCAUCAUCAUCAUCAUCAUCAUCAUCAUCAUCAUGAAAUUGGGAUAUCGACAUUUAGUUGCCUUAUUGAUUAUGUUAUCAACAAUGAUGGCAUAUCUCGGCCGUAUGAAUCUAUCGACGGCUAUUGUUGAAAUGGCUAAACAUCAUAAGAAAACUACAACAGGCAAUACAACAGACAAUACAACGACAACAACGACAGCUAAACAUUUUGAUUGGAAUGAAAAAACCCAAGGUGUUAUAUUGGGAGCAUUUUUCUAUGGUUAUUUUGCUCUGCAAUUAAUAACUGGUCGUUUAACAGAAAUUAUUGGUCCACGAUUACUUGGAACGAUCGGUUUGGCAUCUACUGCAUUGAUUAAUCUUCUAACACCAUUUUUAGCCGAAUAUUAUGGAUAUUUUGUUGCAUCACGUGUAUUAAUGGGUACAUUACAAGCUGGUAUAUUUCCAUGUGCAUUUGCAUUGGCUGCACAUUGGAUACCGGAUCAUGAACGUUCAACAGUUACAUCGAUGGCAUAUAUUGGUGGUAAUCUUGGUACAAUCAUUGCUUCCGGUUUAUCUGGUUGGCUAUGUAAACAUGGUUUUGCUGGUGGUUGGCCAUCAGUUUUCUAUGUUACAGGUAUUAUUGCAGCGAUUAUUACCAUAUUAUAUUGGUUAUUCAUUUCGAAUAAUCCAGAAGAAAAUAGUAAAAUCAGUCAAAAAGAAAUUGAUUUUAUUCGAAACAAUAUAAAUACGAUAAAUGCAGAUCGUAAAAAAUUACCCGUUCCAUGGAUGCAUUUUCUUCGUAGUCCAGCUAUUUAUGCAGGAAUUUUUUCCCAAUUUUCAAUGAUGUGGGCCAUAACUGUAAUGAUGACAAAAUUACCCGAUUAUAUGCAUAAUGUGAUGAAAAUUUCGAUUGAAUCAACUGGUUUUUUCGGUUCAGCAUUGUAUACGGCCGAGAGUUUAAGCCUAUUUUUCGGUGGUAUCUUGGCUGAUACAAUCAUAAAACGUGGCAAAUAUUCAAAGAAUCAAAUUCGUAAAACAUUUCAAGCAUUAGCUGCAUUCGGUUCAAGUAUUGGCCUAUUUAUCGUUCCAUCGCUUGGUCCAAAUGCCGGAAUGUUUUUAUUUGUAAUGAUCACAUCAAUGUCAUUAUUAGGUUUACAAUCUGGUGGUAUCGUACCAUUACCGGCUGAUUUAACCACAGAAUUUACGGCCACAAUAUUUGGCCUAUUUAAUACGAUUGCCAUGACAAAUGGAUUUAUUGGUCCUUAUGUUAUUGGUGCAAUGUUGGAUUCUGAUCCUAAACGCCCGCAUCAUCAAUGGAUGAUUGUUUGGUAUUUCACUGCUGCCUUACGUAUUGCAUCCGGUCUUGUUUUCAUUUUUAUCGGUUCAGCUGAAAAUCAAGGCUGGGAUAUGCUACAUUUACAAUAAUUAAUUAUACUUGAUUUUGAUUAAUUUAAUUUUUAGACAAAAAAAAAUCAUUAUUCAAUCCAAUUAAAUAUGUACAAAACAAUUACGUUUUUGUGAAAAUGU